AAGCUUUUCAGAAAGCGAGGCGGCUGCAUCCGGCACAGGGAAUGUUGGAGCUCCCUCCUGGGGGCUGUCAGUGCCCUGUCACCUGGGGAGUACCAGCUGCGGGGAAUAGGGUGGGGGGACCCACAGUCCGGGAGUAGGAACUCCCUGGCCGUUCUUCCCAGCCGAGAGCGUGGCGGCGAGGAGCCGGCACGGCCUCGCAGGUGGUAUUAGUUCGACUGCGGCGCCGCGACCACGCGUUGAGACGCGAUCAGCAUUGCCAGGUUGCUGGGCCCCAAGAACCCAGCAACAGUGAAAAUACAGAGAUUACAAUUUUCUGAUACAAUGGCAACCCCACGGGGGAGGACAAAGAAAAAAGCAUCUUUUGAUCAUUCUCCAGAUAGCCUUCCUUUGAGGAGCUCCGGUAGGCAGGCGAAGAAAAAGGCCACAGAGACGACAGACGAGGAUGAAGAUGGUGGGUCAGAGAAGAAGUACAGGAAAUGCGAAAAAGCCGGCUGUACAGCCGCGUGUCCCGUGUGCUUUGCAAGCGCUUCUGAAAGAUGUGCCAAAAAUGGCUACACAUCCCGGUGGUAUCACCUCUCCUGUGGGGAGCAUUUCUGUAAUGAAUGCUUUGACCAUUACUAUAGAAGUCAUAAGGAUGGAUAUGACAAAUAUACUACAUGGAAAAAAAUAUGGACUAGCAAUGGAAAAACUGAACCUAGUCCCAAAGCUUUCAUGGCAGACCAGCAGCUCCCCUACUGGGUUCAAUGUACAAAACCUGAGUGUAGAAAAUGGAGGCAACUUACCAAGGAAAUCCAGCUGACUCCACAGAUAGCAAAGACGUACCGAUGUGGUAUGAAACCAAAUACUGCUGUUAAGCCUGAGACCUCAGAUCAUUGUUCCCUUCCAGAGGAUCUAAGAGUGUCGGAAGUUUCCAACCAUUGGUGGUACUCCAUGCUCAUCCUACCUCCUUUGCUGAAAGAUAGCGUGGCAGCACCCCUGCUCUCUGCCUACUACCCCGACUGCGUUGGCAUGAGCCCGUCCUGCACCAGCACGCACCGCGCGGCCAGUGACACCAGUCCUGGGAAGCUGGAGCACUCCAAGGCAGUCCCCUCUGUGCUAGUUCCAGGCAUGAACCGGUACUUCCAGCCUUUCUACCAGCCCAACGAGUGCGGCAAAGCCUUGUGCGUGAGGCCAGACGUGAUGGAGCUGGAUGAGCUCUAUGAGUUCCCAGAGUAUUCCCGAGACCCCACCAUGUACCUGGCUCUGAGGAACCUCAUCCUCGCCCUGUGGUAUACUAACUGCAAGGAAGCUCUUACUCCUCAGAAAUGUAUUCCUCACAUCAUCGUCCGGGGUCUCGUGCGCAUCCGAUGUGUUCAGGAAGUGGAGAGGAUACUUUAUUUUAUGACGAGGAAAGGUCUCAUCAACACAGGAGUUCUCACUGUCGGCACUGACCAGCAUCUUCUUCCUAAAGAUUACCACAACAAAUCAGUCAUCAUUAUUGGGGCUGGUCCAGCAGGAUUAGCAGCUGCUAGGCAACUGCAUAACUUUGGAAUUAAGGUGACUGUCCUGGAGGCCAAAGACAGAAUUGGAGGCCGAGUGUGGGAUGAUAAGUCUUUCACAGGCGUCACAGUGGGACGAGGAGCCCAGAUUGUCAACGGCUGUAUUAACAACCCAGUAGCACUAAUGUGUGAACAACUUGGCAUCAGCAUGCAUAAAUUUGGAGAAAGAUGUGACUUAAUUCAGGAAGGUGGAAGAAUAACUGACCCCACUAUUGACAAGCGCAUGGAUUUUCAUUUUAAUGCUCUCUUGGAUGUGGUCUCUGAGUGGAGGAAGGAUAAGACUCAGCUCCAAGAUGUCCCUUUAGGAGAAAAGAUAGAGGAGAUCUACAAAGCUUUUAUUAAGGAGUCUGGAAUCCAAUUCAGUGAGCUGGAAGAGCAGGUCCUUCAGUUCCAUCUCAGUAACCUGGAAUAUGCCUGUGGCAACAACCUCCAUCAGGUGUCUGCUCGAUCCUGGGACCACAAUGAAUUCUUUGCCCAGUUUGCCGGUGACCACACCCUCCUCACUCCCGGAUACUCUGUCAUCUUGGAAAAACUGGCAGAGGGACUGGACAUUCGGCUCAGAUCUCCAGUACAGAGUAUUGAUUAUUCUGGAGAUGAAGUGCAAGUUACCACUACAGAUGGGACAGAGUGUACAGCACAAAAGGUGUUAGUCACUGUGCCCCUGGCCUUACUGCAGAAAGGUUCCCUUCAGUUUAAUCCACCGUUGUCAGACAAGAAGAUGAAGGCUAUCAACAGCUUAGGUGCAGGUAUCAUUGAAAAGAUUGCCUUGCAAUUUCCCUAUAGAUUUUGGGACAGUAAAGUUCAAGGGGCUGACUUUUUUGGUCACGUUCCUCCUAGUGCCAGCAAGCGAGGGCUUUUUGCCGUGUUCUAUGACAUGGAUCCCCAGAAGCAGCACAGCGUGUUGAUGUCGGUGAUCGCGGGGGAGGCGGUGGCGGCCGUCAGGAGCCUGGAGGACAAGCAGGUGCUGCAACAGUGCAUGGCCACCCUGCGCGAGCUCUUCAAGGAGCAGGAAGUCCCAGAUCCCACGAAGUAUUUUGUCACCCGGUGGAGCACAGACCCCUGGAUCCAGAUGGCAUACAGCUUCGUGAAGACAGGGGGCAGUGGUGAGGCCUACGACAUCCUUGCUGAGGAAAUACAAGGAACCAUCUUUUUUGCUGGCGAGGCAACAAACAGGCAUUUUCCACAAACUGUUACAGGGGCAUAUUUGAGUGGUGUUCGAGAAGCAAGCAAGAUUGCGGCAUUUUAAACAGAAUUUAUCUGGACCCAGCUUUCUUCUCCCAAAUGGGAGAGUCUGAAAAACAUGUUAAACCUCACUUUGAUAAAAUCAAACAAAUAAAAAAUCCUCUCUGGGUAGCAAAACUGAAAUGUUCUAAGGUGGCAUGGUAAUGUAAACCCAUUUUACCACUCUGAAAGCACUAGCCCCAAGAAUCCUUCUGUAAGCACUUAUAUAUAAUGGCAUUUUCCACAGGUCUGACUAGCACUAAAUCUUCCGGAUCUCAGAAUAAGGCAGAAUAUAACCUUAAAUUAAGACCUUGGAUAUGAUCCUUCCAUGGUUGGAGAUUCCCUUUAAAUCUGACAUUUUUUUGGCUGACCAAUUUUCACACAUUGAGAAACCAAGUCAAUCAAGCAGGAAUCAUUUAAAAAAAAAAAAAAAAGCCAUGUACUUUUCCUCUAUGACAAUUUAUCAGUAUCUUUGCCAAUGAGCCUUAAGAUUUUUACACAGCUCCAAUAUUGAGCUUUUACUUAAAAUUUAGAUAGAAAUCUUUCCUUUUUGAAUACAGCACAAACUCUUCAGUCAAAGGUAAAUGAAACUUCUAUCUUAUAUUGUACAUAUUUCUUCCCAUUGGGUGUUCAAAAGAAAUUUAAAUUCAGGUAUCUUUUAUAAUAAAAUAUUUUAGAUUUGUGCACUCAUUGGCAAAAGAGCAAAAUUUUCAAUUCCUUCAGCAGUACAUGUAUCACUGAGAAUUGGGAAGAGAUAGUGUGGUCUUCAUACUUUAGACGUAGAUAUGGCUAUUUUUCUUAGAGUCAUGUUUGGGUGGAUGGCACACUUUAAAUAGCCUCAAUUUUGGCAACCACUAGCAGAAGGAUCUUGUCAGAAUAAUUAAAAGCCUCUCCCCACUGCCUCUUUUUAAAAUAACUGAGUACGUCUCUAGGAAUAUUUUUUAUAGAAUUACGUUUUCAGUAUUCCAUAGGCAGGUCCACUGGAAAACUGCAGAAAAAUGUGUAAUAUCCUGGUAAAUAUUACACAUUUUAUAAGCCAUAUCUUAAAAGCCUGAGAACAUGGUAUUUACUUUUUCCUUCUUUCCACUCAUGACAAAAAAAAAUAAACAUUGAUUUCAGGGUCUUCAGGAUGCCCAUCUUGCCAAGAAACUUCAGUUUACAGGUUAGAAAUAAGGGUAAUUUAUGUGCUUUUGUUUUAAAAAGUCUUUGAAUAAUUCUUUCAAUAUAUUGGUCAGCUUAAAAAGACUCAAAAUGACUUUAAAACCACUUUUCAAAAUAUUAGGUAUUUUUAAAAUUUAAAGUCAGCUUAUAAGUAGAAACCGUAUUUUAUAGAAAGAACAUAAGGUGAACUUUAGACAGAGCUGAGACACACCUCCCUCCCCAGCAAAGUAUUAUACAAUUGAAAGAAAGCAAAUAGCAGUAUAUUGGUUUCAAGGUUAACACAGGAAAAUGUUGACAUUUAGGUUAUCUGAUGAGACUCAUUGGUACUGAUUGGGAAGAAUUCUGCUUUCAAGUGUUUUAUGUAUUAAAAUGUUUAAAGAAUAGCAUGUGUCGAGUGAUAAAUGCAAAAUAUUUUAAGUUGAAAUGGUUCACAGUACAUUAUUACUUUAGUUUCUGGGCACUUAAACUUGUAUAGUGCUAUAAGCAAACAAGGGGAAAACCUACCUAAAUAAAGUAUGGUAAAUGUGUAUUUUUAAAAAAACCCCUCAUUUCCUGUCUCAAGUGACAUCACCUAACAUUUUGUUCUUUAAAGAACCACGGUACCUUUUUUUUCUUGAGUUGAGUAUGUUUUUCACUGCUGUCUGAAGAUUUUGUAAUUGAGUAGCAGUGAAUAUACACAAUGUUUUAACUGCAGACUGUGAACAGCUGAUUGUGUAAAACUGCUUAAUAAAACUUGUUUUUCAAAUA